UAUAUGGAGUGAUCCCAUCCUCUGUUCGUCGUCUUAGUAUGGAAGAUCAGCUGCUGGAGGAGAGCCGGACUCUGCUGGAGGAUUAUCUUCGGCGCUGUGCGGGUGAGGAAUGUCAGCCUCCUCCGACCCCGGUAGCGCAGACUCUCUGGAGGGUGUCGGGGGAGAUUCUCCAUCGGAAUCGCGACUUCUAUGAAUCGUGCGAGCAGCUUCCAGGAGAUUCCCGGACUACACUGGAGCAAGUGGCCGCCCGGCUCCCAGAAGAAGGAGGACUCAACUGGGGCCGGGUGAUCGGGCUCAUCACCUUCGCUGGAGUCGUCCUGAGGAGACAAGGGGAGCACAAGCCAGCCACCCCCAAUGAACUGGCUGAGGUGCUGAGCCGAUUCCUGGUGGUGGAGCACCGAGACUGGUUCCAGAAGAACGGAAAAUGGGAAGGAUUCUACAAAUUUUGUAACAAGAAUGAGACUGGCCAGGGACAAGAUAACAGUAUGUUUUCCAAUGCCUUGAUGGCAGCUGCUGGUUUUGGGAUUGCUGGAUUGGUCUUUCUCUUGACUGUAAGAUGAACUGCAAAGGAAAUACCUGCCACCAAUGAUCGCAUGGACCAUCACAUAGGACCUUUUUCUCGGCUGUAGUUGUCAAAGAUCUUGCGGCAAGACUUUCAAAGGAGUGAUCUGAGCAAUAUGUUGCUUGGAACAACUGUGCACUGCCAUUUUGU